UAUCGUGCAAUUUUAGGAAUUUGCAAAAUGAUAAGGAUGGAGGAAGAAGAAGAAGAAAACCCUAAAAUGAUAAGGAUGGAGGAAGAAGAAGAAGAAAACCCCAAUCCAGUAUACAUAAAUGAAGAUCUGGUGGAAGACAUACUCCUUAGGCUGCCAUUGAAAACAAUUCUCAAAUUCAAAACCGUCUCAAAACAAUGGAGAUCAAUACUGGAGUCAAAGAGUUUCGUGGAGAGGCGUAAGAGUGUUCAAAAGAACCCCAAAAUCCUGGCUGCCGGAGAAUUACGAUUCCAAGGAGACGCAGAGAUCGACGUUGUCUAUUUACAAUGCCAUGACGCCACCACACGACCUUCGUUGACAUGUGACGGUUUGGUUUGCAUCCCGGUAACAGAUUGGGUCAACGUUUUGAACCCUUCCACCGGAGAAUUCCUUAGAUUCCCUUCCGGCCCCUCCCACUAUGGAAACCAACUCAUUACGGGCGAAGUAUGGUGGUCGGAAGUAUUCCCUGGGUAUUGGGCGAUGGGAUUUGGUAGGGAUGAAGUUAAAGGGAGCUAUAAGGUAGUGAGGAUGUUAUAUGAGUUCAACUAUUUCGAGAUUCUUGAUGUUGACAUUGGGGAAUGGCGGAAACUUACCCCCCCUCCUUACAAGAUUGAAGCAACAAGGAAGUCGGCGUGUGUGAAUGGUUCCAUCUACUGGUUAAACUUGAUGCAUAGAUCUAAGAUACUAGCUUUGGAUCUUCACACUGAAGAGUUCCGCGAUGUCCCUGUACUUCCGCCGCCUAGGUACACGGGUGGAACUCGGAUAGUGAACCUUGAAAACCGUUUAGCCGUUGCCGACACAUGUUUUGAUCCUGAAUGGGCACUAGAGAUAUGGAGCAUGGAUGCACAAGAAGAAACAUGGACUAUGACCUACUUCAUAAGAUUAUCCCAUCUUAUUUCCACCCCUAUAUUUUGGAGAAAGUGGUUCACGCCCAUGGCUGUUUCUAAGCAAGGGAAUCUUUUCUUUUGUGACAGUGAGAAGAGGUUGUUCAAAUAUUAUCCAGAGACAGACUACCUUUGUUGCCUCUCUCCAGACUUUUGUGUUAUAACUCCUUUCGUCGAAAAUUUAGUCUCACUUCGUUCACAACCAGGAUCUGUUCCGAAAAUCAGCACUUCUGGGUACCAAUAUGGACUUAGCUAUUUACAACCUGGAUGUGUUCCGAAAAUCAGCACAUCUCCGCACAGAUCUCGAAUAUCUAAUAUCGUCGGACGGAUGGAAUUGCUGUUCCCAAAUAUCUUACUUACCUCUACUCUAGUGUCUCUAAUUAUAUUCGGUUAUCGUUACAAAUAUUCUACUUGAUAUCUAGUGUCUCUCUCUACACCGUUUUGUGGUUCCGCUUAUUUCUACAUCUUACUCUUUAAUAUUUAUUCUGUUAAGCUUUUCCACAAUCUAUAUUAUCAUUUAAUCUCGCCUUGUUUCUAAUAAACUCAAUGCUUCAAA